GUGAGUCAGUCGUCGCGACGACGAUCGAUUCCGUCGCCGCGGGAGGCGCUGAUUGAUGUGAUGGAUGACGAGGGAAAGAGGGCGCGGGCGCCGAGCGCGCACCUGAUCGUACGUCUCCGCGUCCUCCGGGGUGCCGUCCAGGCUGAGCGUCGGCGCGAGCGCGAGCGUGAACUUCGUCCCGACGUCGAGCUUGUAGAUGUCCACGUUGACGUCGAUCGAGAGCUCGGCCUCGAACUGCGAGCGGCACCGGAACCUGGACACCUUGUCGAAUUUCUUCCCGUCCGGAUCUUUGUCGAUCACCUCGAAGAUGUCGUCGAAGAUCGUCGUUCCCGAGACCGCGGGAGGCAUCUCGCGCGCGCGCUGUGCGAGACGAUAACGACGCGAUGCGGUCCGCGCCGGAACCCUGAACCGCGGAGCGAGGGACGACGGGGAGGCGGCGCCGCGCGCCUUUCUUUCUCUGGAAAUGAAUGAUGAGUUCAACAGGUUAAGUUGCAGCGGUCGGUCGUCUGGUCGGUUCGUCUCCUCUCGACACGAGCGAACAGCGAAGUCUUCUCGCGGAAGAAGCUUGUAGAAACAGUCGAGUCGCGUUCGUUCUCCGGCAGUCGCGUCAUUCCACAACGCGCGACACACGCCGUCGACGAACCGUAACACACCCACAAUGGCGGAGGAGACCGAGACGUUCGCCUUCCAGGCCGAGAUCAACCAGCUUCUGUCGCUGAUCAUCAACACGUUCUACUCGAACAAGGAGAUCUUCCUUCGCGAGCUCAUCAGCAACUCUUCCGAUGCGCUCGAUAAGAUUCGCUUCGAGGGCCUCACGGACAAGUCCAGGCUCGAGGGCCAGCCCGAGCUCUUCAUCCACAUCAUCCCGGACAAGACGAACAACACGCUCACGAUCAUCGACUCCGGCAUCGGCAUGACCAAGGCUGACCUCGUGAACAACCUCGGCACGAUCGCGCGCUCCGGCACCAAGUCGUUCAUGGAGGCGCUCACCGCGGGCGCGGACAUCUCCAUGAUCGGCCAGUUCGGCGUCGGCUUCUACUCCGCGUACCUCGUCGCGGAGAAGGUUGUCGUGUACACGAAGCACAACGACGACGAGCAGUACCGCUGGGAGUCCCAGGCUGGGGGUUCGUUCACGGUCACGAAGGACAACGCCGAAGCGAUGGGCCGCGGCACGAAGAUGGUGCUCCACCUCAAGGACGACCAGCUCGAGUACCUCGAGGAGCGCCGCCUGAAGGACCUCGUGAAGAAGCACUCCGAGUUCAUCUCGUACCCGAUCUCUCUCUGGACGGAGAAGACCACGGAGAAGGAGGUGUCCGACGACGAAGAGGAGGAGACGGACGAGAAGGAGGAGGAGGGGAAGAUCACCGAGAUCAAGGAUGAGGACGAGAAGAAGGAGAAGAAGACGAAGAAGGUCAAGGAGGUGUCCCACGAGUGGGCCAUCAUGAACAAGCAGAAGCCGAUCUGGAUGCGCAACCCGGAGGAGAUCUCCAAGGAUGAGUACUCCGCGUUCUACAAGUCGCUCACGAACGACUGGGAGGAGCAGCUCGCGGUGAAGCACUUCGCCGUCGAGGGGCAGCUCGAGUUCAAAUCCGUGCUCUUCGUCCCGAAGCGCGCGCCGUUUGACAUGUUCGACGGCAAGAAGAAGUCGAACAACAUCAAGCUGUACGUCCGCCGCGUGUUCAUCAUGGACAACUGCGAGGACAUCAUCCCGGAGUACCUCUCCUUCGUCAAGGGCAUCGUCGACUCCGAGGAUCUCCCGCUUAACAUCUCGCGCGAGAUGCUCCAGCAGAACAAGAUUCUCAAGGUCAUCAAGAAGAACAUCGUGAAGAAGUGCCUCGAGAUGAUGAACGAGAUCGCGGAGAACAAGGACGACUACACCAAGUUCUACGAGUCAUUCGGCAAGAACCUCAAGCUCGGCAUCCACGAGGACUCCCAGAACCGCACGAAGCUCGCGGAGCUCCUUCGCUAUCACUCCACCAAGUCUGGCGAGGAGAUGACGUCGCUCAAGGAUUACGUCACGCGCAUGAAGGAGAACCAGAAGGACAUCUACUACAUCACCGGCGAGUCCCGCAAGGCGGUGGAGAACUCCCCGUUCAUCGAGAAGCUCAAGAAGCGCGGCCUCGAGGUUCUGUUCAUGGUCGACCCGAUCGACGAGUACGCGGUCCAGCAGCUCAAGGAGUACGACGGCAAGAAGCUCGUGUGCUGCACCAAGGAGGGCCUCACGCUCGACGAGACGGACGAGGAGAAGGCGAAGAAGGAGGAGGUCAAGUCCACGUUCGAAGCGCUCUGCCGCCUCAUGAAGGACAUCCUCGGCGACAAGGUGGAGAAGGUGCUCGUGUCCGACCGCGUCGUGGACUCCCCGUGCGUCCUCGUCACCGGCGAGUACGGCUGGUCCGCGAACAUGGAGCGCAUCAUGAAGGCCCAGGCGCUUCGCGACAACUCCAUGUCCGGUUACAUGGCGUCGAAGAAGACGAUGGAGAUCAACCCGGACAACGCCAUCAUGCAGGAGCUCCGCAAGCGCGCGGACGCGGACAAGAGCGACAAGACCGUCAAGGAUCUCGUCCUCCUCCUGUUCGAGACGUCGAUGCUGUGCUCCGGGUUCUCCCUCGACGAGCCCAACACCUUCGGCGGCCGCAUCCACCGCAUGAUCAAGCUCGGUCUGUCCAUCGACGAGGACCUCGGCCUCGACGACGACGAGGCUGACCUCCCGCCGCUCGAGGAGGACGUGGACGAGGGCUCCCGCAUGGAGGAGGUGGACUAAUCCU